CCAAAAUGGCGUCCCCCGCAGCUCGCCUCCUCCGCGCCCCGCGUGUCCCCGCCGCCGUCCUCGCCGCUUCCCUCGCCGUGUCCUCCGCCGACCUCGCUGCCGACGACGGCGCCGCGCCCUCCUCGUCUGUCCGCCCAGGGCGGUCCCCGUCAGGCGAAAAGCUUCCCAUCUACCCUACGCCACAACAUAACCCCGCCAUCACCCUCGUGGAGACCCACAACCCCCUUGUGCCCUACAUCACGCAGAGCAGAGAAUCAGUGUCCAGUGUUCUCGGCGACGCGAGGAACUAUGUGCAGAGCGGUGUCUCCAAAUGGAUCACGUUUGAGCGAAGUGUCGAGCGUGAAGUCAAGAGCGUUCUCCCGCCUGAUGAGGCUCUAAACCCGGGGCUUAUCUACGUCCUUGUCGCCGGUCUCUCUGGCUCCGUCCUCUCUCGAACCCGUUCCCUUCCCGUUCGGUUCCUUGCGCCCCCGCUCUUCACCCUCCUCGCAUUCCCAUACUUCCUUCCAAAAACAUCUCACAACAUCCGCCAGUACCUUUCCAACCUCGAGGACAAGCACUUGCCCGAAUUUGCUGCGAAGCACGACCACUUUGUGCAGACCGGCAUCGCUCACUGGGGUAUGCUCUGGGGCCGCAUUGAAGACGCCACUGGAGAUGCAAGGGAAUGGGGACACCGGGCGGUUGAGGGUGUUGAGAGGACGACCGGACUUCGGCUCGGUGAGGCCGUGAGCAAGGUGGAGAAGGAGAAGGAGAGACUGGUCGAACAAGAGAGGCAGAGGGCAGUGGCUGUGCCCGCACAAAAGUACGAGACUGUUGGUUAUGUUGUUGAACAGAAGCCUGUGGCCGAGAUUGUCGCUCCUAUGGAGCCUCCAAAGGAGAAAAAGUUGGUGUAGACCCAAAAUGGCUAGAAUACAUGCAACAUGACUAUAGGCA